AUGCACGAGGAAGAGCUUCUUCUUCUGAAGAAGAAAAUGAAGUUGAUGCAACGGAGGAAGAUGUGGUGGGUACGACCGCUGUGGCUGAACAGGAAGCACGAGAGCGAAUACCACACAGGGAUGGCUGUUAUGAGACAAAGUGGCGACGUCACAUACUUUGUGGAGUAUUUCCGGAUGACCCCAGAUAAAUUUGACUAUUUGCAUAGCCUCGUGGGGGAAGAGUUGGAAAAGCAGCAUCUGUGCAGGGAGCCGAUUUCACCGGCCGAGCGCCUGGCACGGCCAUUGAGGUACUUCUCAUCCGGGAUGGCAAUCAAAGAUGUGGCCCUGGGAUUUAGAGUGGGCAUACAGACCGCCAGGGAAGCAGUUCAUCUGACACGCUCUGUCCUUUGGAAUACGCUCAAGGUCCUAUACAUGAAACCCCCCACAGAAGCUGGAUGGAAAGCCAUUGCAAAGGAGUUUCUAAAACGAUGGUGCUUUCCCAACUGCGCUGGAGCAGUAGAUGGAAAGCAUGUAAAAAUCACGUGUCCAAAGAAGUCAGGCAGCCGGUUUUACAAUUGCAAGGGUACAUUCUCUAUUGUACUCAUGGCUGUCGUUGACAGUCAGUACAAAUGUCUACUGAUCGAUGUGGGAGCUGAAGACCGGCAGAGCGACUCAGGGGUCUUGAAAGCCUCGGCUAUAGGUCACCACCUGGAAGCUGGGACUCUCGGACUGAAUGGAAUGUCACUGCUACCUGGGACAAGCAGUGCAGCUCCCCACGUUUUGAUUGGUGACGAAGCCUUUCAGCUACGGACAGAUCUCAUGAGGCCCUAUUCUGCCCGCGAGCUGAGAAACGAGAAGAGAGUCUUCAACUUUAUGCUCAGCAGUGCAAGGAACUUCGCUGAGAAUGCCUUGGGCAUUGUUGUCAAGGCAAGCUGUGUUGUUACUACACAACUUCCUCCUGGAGCACUCCCAACUUCCCGGCAGUUAUGGGGAUGA